AUGGAAGUUAAAUGCAUUAUUGGCAAGCAUAGUGACAGGAGACCCCAGAGGACUGAGCCAUGAAGAAUUUUGCGACUCUGGCUAACUCCACAGUCAUGGUCUAGUAUGAUCUUGAAAUCAUUAUCUGGGAUAAUCCUCCCAAACCUGUUCCUGUACUUAAGAGACACUGAGCACAUGGCUGAGCUCUCCCUCAGGUUCUUUUACAUUGACCCAUCAGGGCCAAAUUUCAACAAACAUACAUCACACCAAACCAUCCAACAGAUGUUCCUUUCAAAUAAGUUGGAGUAGAACCAACUAUAUGGAGAAAUCAUAGACAAGGAAGCAACCAAAGGAUUUUCAGUGGAUUGGCAUAACUCUCUGUACAAACAAUUCAAUCUCCUGUGA